GUUUUUGCAGGUGAAUGAAGAUUGCCCCAAAGUUGGGUGAGAGCGACCUUGAUGUGUGAAGUAUGUCCCAAGCUGGCGUAGUUCGGUCUCCCACACGAAUACACGUCUCGAGAUCCUCUGGCUUGGAUUGGUGAACACGCAGGCAGCUCUCACGCAGGCAUCCAGCACCGGCACCAGGAUGAGCGUGGAAGCGAGCAGCAAGCCCCUGAAGGUGGGCUCCAGGGUCGAGGUCAUCGGGAAGGGGCACCGCGGUACCGUGGCUUACGUCGGGGCCACCCUCUUUGCCACGGGGAAGUGGGUCGGUGUCAUCCUGGAUGAAGCGAAGGGCAAGAACGAUGGGACCGUGCAGGGCAGGAAAUACUUCACCUGUGAAGAAAACCACGGCAUCUUCGUGCGGCAGUCACAGAUCCAGGUCUUUGAAGAUGGAGCUGAUACGACGUCCCCAGAAACACCAGAGUCUGCUGCCUUGAAAGUCCCCAAAAGAGAUUCCCUGGAUGCCGCCAAAGCCAGCAAACUGCGUGGAGUGAAACCUAAAAAGGUGGUGCCUUUUUCACAAUUAAUCUGUGUGUCGCCGCAUCUCCUGGCCGCAUGCAAGGCCCCCCAGUGCACCCCCGCUCAUUGUCACCCAUCGCUGCCCUGCCUCCAUCGUGCUGUUGCAUGUCUGCUCAUUGCAUGCGCUCCCCUUCGCCGGCCCCUGGCUUGCUCGGAGGAUGGGAGGUAA